GUUCCUGAAGAGAGCAGCUCGUGUGUUUGGCGAUGACGUCAUUACUUUCAAUUUUUUUUUCCUCCGUCUUUAUCAUCCACAUUAAGUUACCGGUAGAUACACCUGAAUGACUGAUGCAGUGACAAGUGACUGUCUCUCUCUCUCUCUCUCUCUCUCUCUCUCUCUCUCUCUCUCUCUCUAUCUCUCUAUCUAGCUCGAUCUCUGAUGUUAAACAUACGCCUGGGGUCUGGAGGGUCUCUUUAUACCUCAAACCACGGAAAAUUCAACUGUGUUGCCAUUGGCUGCCCCUGCAGGCUCCGCCCCCGUGUACAUGCAGCUGUGGUUCAUGGUGUUGAUGGCGGCUGUGGCUUUGAUCCUGUUUGGGAUUACAUUGGGCGUCGGCCUGCACAGAGCUCUGUCCCGCCCACCGUAUGCCCGGGAACGCCCCCCUCUCAUCCCGCUGCCACUGCAGCCCCGCAGCCCCCGGGGCAUUUACCCCCCCAGCAAUGCUUACCUGUUCGAUUCGGUUCCGGAUACAAGCAGUUCACCGAAUACCAUCACACUGAAAGCCUUCACCAUGCGCAUGGAGGAAGUGAUUGACGGUAAAGUGGUGGAAACCGCCGAUGGUGCAGCUGAGGGUCAGAUAGGAGUCGUUACCGUGUCAACCGUCCACAUGGAGGCUCAUGAUAUUACCCAGAAUCCUUUGCGGCGCAGCGUGAGCCAGCUGAUUGACCGGAAGCUGGGGGAGGGGCAGGAUGACGUGUGGGAUCCUCAUUUCAGAGCUCAUGACAGUGGAAUGUUUGAUGAGGAGUUUGUGGACACCAUUAAAGGUUUCAGCACCGUGAGGAAAGAGCACACCAUGUUCACGGACACCAACCUCUGACCCCUGACCCUUUGAGUGUGUGGGACAGCGUUCAGAAAUAAAGAACGUCGAAAGUGUCACAUCAGCACGCGGACUCGACCAAUCAGAGCACGAGGAGGAGAAGAAGAGGCGGGGUCACGCAGUGCGGUGACAUCGUUCUACGCGAUGGCAAGACUGAACUCGGUUCUCGUCACAACUCCGGUCCGUACCUGGACACACGCUCGAGUAGUGACACUUCUAAAGAUCUGUGGAUUUUAAUCAAACUUAAAUAAAACUGAGUGUGGAAGGAGUGUAAUAACUGUGUAAUAACACUUCAUGUUUUUAAUAGUAAAAGAUAGCUUGAUUUCGAGCCGCGUGUUUACGUUAGCAGGCUUAGAAAAAGAGAUUUCAAUCCAGAAUUUUGUAGAAAUGCUCAUUUUCUUCUUCCUAAACAGAAAACAAAAUCAAUAAAAACUAAUAAACACAGCGUUUUUGUUUUUUAGCAUGUUAGCAUUUAUUU